CAUGACUGAAAGAUGUCAAAAUAAGUUUACAGAAAAUUUAGAGAAUCGAAAAUAUAUUAUUUACUUUGGUGUUAUAUCGGCUUCGAUAACAGUUUUAUAUUUUUAUAGAUUUCACUUCGUAACUAUAACCUUCAGUUAUGUGUUGGGAUGUUUGGCUUGUUAUUGCGGCCUGAAUUCCACUAUUCUACAUAAUUACUUGGAUAAUUUAAAGUGCCAUUUCAUUACAAACCCACCUGAAGAUGAGCAAGAGGAGGUUCCCCUGAAAGGCUGUGCUGCAUGUGGUUCAAAAACUUGUGCUCGACAUGACGCGGGACUUACCUCUGAGCCCUGGGAGGGGCUCCAAAUACAUAAACAACUUGACCAAGCCAUACAAGAUUUCUACAACGCAAUAUUAGACCAGUUUGUGAACACAUGGUACAGUAAGAUCACAUUGCAACCUUUCUUCGUGGACGAGUUGCGGCACCAGCUGAGAUAUGCCUCAGCUUGUUUAUUGAGAAGAGCUCUUAAGGUAAAUUACUCCCAUCUGAUCCUGAACCGGCUGGUGGGGUGCGCGCUGCAGCACUACACGGUGUGGUCGGAGGGCGGGCCGGGGACCGAGGCGGUGGCCCCGCACCCGGCCGCCUGCAGCAGAGAGGCCGAGCUGCGGUACCUCCGCAGCCUCACCAACGCGCUCAUGCCAUAUCUCCUCGACGACACCAACGCGCACAACUCAGUAUUUCGUGUGCUAAUAAGAGAAAUUUUCGCCGGCUGGGUGCUGCUGUCACUCACAGACGUGCUGGCUGACCCGUACAUCCUGAACAACAUCAUAAUCCUCGCCACCAGUAAUGAGAAGAUGGCAGCUCUGCCUACCACUCCCAAUUAUAAGGUGGAAUUCCUGGAGACGUUUGUGCGGCAUAAUGAAACGGUAUACAGCAAACGCGGAAAACUGCUUCGACUCGACUUGGAGUUCGUGAUAAAUGACCAGGACUACCUGUACGCCUUCAUGCAAUAUAUGAAGACCACUUGCCAUAUGCAUUUGUUGCAGUUCUAUAAGGAUAUCAAAGUAUUCCAGUGUAGAGUGCUGAACCCUGAGCUGGAUGCGGCGGAGCAGGCUCAGCUGGUGCGGGCGGCGCGCGACCUGCUGCAUCACCACCUGGCGGAGGGCCCGCGGCUGCCGCUGCCGGACGCCCUGCAGCAUGAGCUCGCACACCUCCUCGACAGCCUCCACCAGGACGACGCCAUUAAGAGAUUACAAACUAGUCGAGCACUAUAUCAAGCCGCGAGACAAUCGCACACGAUUCUAGAAAAAAUUAUUUUGCCUAAAUUUUUACACAGCGAAGAGUUUUACAAACUUGUGGUUGGUUCGAGAGCGCCAACUGGUUACCAAAAGCAACAUAUUAAGAAACCUAUUGGGAAACCAACAAACUUUGUAAGGCCAGAGCGAGUUUCGGGACAUAAUUUGGACACUUCAACCAAUUCAGACGUGUCAGAUGCCGAUGGUUUAGAUAAAAUGGAUAUCCUUAAGUAUUUGGAAACUGUAGCCGCCGAAGAAAAGUUGAGGGAACACGAUUUGAGAACUUAUAAAGUCGUUCUGACCAAUGUCAAAGAACAAUUGCAAUUCCCGCCACGACGAGGUACGGUCCGAGUAUUCACCCUAGCGGUACACCGUGUCGAAGACGGUUCGGCGGCCAACUUGUGGACCGUAGAGAGAAGCGAACAUGACUUCCACUUACUCAGGAGUAAGCUACACGAGUUCCAUGGGGACAAACUGUUUCUAGACUUGCAACUACCUUCUAGAAGAGACAAUAGCCCGCUAGAAACACUUAGAUAUAAAUACGAAGAUUUCCUACAAAGAUUAUUACAAAAGAGUCUUCUGCAAACAAGUGAACUUCUUUAUUUCUUCCUCAUCGCGGAUGGCGACUUCUCAAUGGCAUUGCAACCAUCUACCCUCAAUGCUAACAGUACAGACUUGGCGAAUUUGUACCAGUCCGUCACGUACAAGCUGAGGAAGGAAAAGGGACAGCAUUUGGAAGGUUUCCUGAGGAAUUUACUGUUUUCCUCAGAUUUAGAACGAUACCAAGUUCUGAAACAAGGGAACGCAUCGAGCGUGGAGGAGGCGGUGGAGGUGAGCGAGGCCCCCCCCGCGCCCCCCUCGCCCCCCGCGCCCCCCGGCCGCCCCCGGCGCGGCCGCAGGGGGCCGGUGGGGGCGGUGUUCGGGGACAACUUCGGGCUGCAGCUCCCGCGCGGGGCCUCGCUCGGGCCCUGGCGACCUCCACACGCGCUCCACGGAUUCACCGACUGCUGCAUAUAUUUUUUGGUGAGGGUGGUGGAGUGCGGCGAGGUGGUGCGGCGCGUGGUGUGCGGCCUCCUGCAGCGAGCGCGCCCCCUCCCCGACCGGGCCGCCGCCGCGCUAGUGCGCCGCGCCCUGCCUCGCCUGCUGCCGCCGCCGCGCCUCGCGCGCCUCGUCACGCUCGCCCACGAACUGAUUUUCGGCUCGAAAGACCGAGAGCGAACGUCAAGCGCUACCCGUGACCGAGCGUUUCAACGCGCGCGCGAUCGCCUCACCGCGCUACUCGGCGGGCGCGCCGCCGCUGCGCUGCAGCUAUUGCAGCGGCCGCACCUUAACAAGCAGUUGGUGUACAAUUUACUGGAUUUGUGCGUGAUAGAACUAUUCCCGGAACUAGGUGCUACAAGGGAUAUGCCAUCGAAAGAGCCAAAGAGUUGAGACUAACGAGCAUUGUAUGGAAAAAUAAACUAACACUUAGAAUAAUAUUAUCAGUAUGCAUUUUUUUGUAAAUUGCGAGUGAUAUAUGUUUUUUACUGACUGUAAUUUAUGACCUGUAAAUAUUCACCUGUAAUAUAUUUAAAUCUAUUUUUAUAAUAUUAGUUUUAUAGCAAUACAAUUUGAAUUCUUAAUAAACCUAAGGUUGUUGAUAGCAAAAAGACCAUGUAACUAUUAUAAUAAAUAUUUUUUAAUAUUUAAAUGUUUUCAAUCUGUAAAUGGGACACCAGAGAAUAAAUUAUUUUUAAUAAA